AUGAAUACUUUAAUUAGGUUUGUAAAAUCCUUAGUGAAAUUUAGUGCCAACCUCAUAGCAAGUGUUGGUUUAGUUAUUGUAUGUUGCGGAUUGUUUGUGCUAUACAACAAAGUCGGAAUAGAAUAUCAAGAGCUCUAUCACACAAAUGCAGAUUGGUUAAAAACACUGCAAGAAUAUGUUUUUAUUAUUUUAGGAGUUCUGAUAUUUUUAAUUGGUUGCGCUGGACUAUAUGGAUCAAGGAAAAACCCAAAAUGUUAAAAGACUUGUUUGAUGUUCUAUUAAAUUGGAGCAUUGGCAUUUUUUGUUCUAUGUACUGGCUUGGCAACAUUCACUUUGUUAUAUUCAGAUGACGUCUUUGGAAUAGAAUGUCAAGGUACUACAUAAUUCAAGGAAAUUGAUUAUCAAAUCCAUGAAGCAGAGAAACUCUUAUGUUCUAGCAUAUGCUAAUGUUAUAUCACCCAAUCAACUUAUGAAGAUAAUAAGGAACUCUUUAAAGGAAAAAACUAUACAACAAAUGAGGAUCUAGAAGUAAAAAUAAAAUAAAUCUAAAAAUGUCCCUCAUACCAACCUGAUUAAUACGCUGCAGCUGUUUCAAUGAUGUAAGUGGCAGAAAGUUUAUUGCAUUGCAGCGGUUGGUGUAAUCCAACAAAAUAUUAUUUAUUUAGUGAUAUCAAUGACAUCAAUUCAUUUAUAGGAACUAGUUGUUUCACAGAAACUAAAGACUUUGUAUAAUCAACAGGAAAGUUCAUGGGUUAUGUAUUAUUAGGAUUGGGAGUAUUGUUCGGUAUGAAUUUAAUUAUGGUGAUCCUAAUAUGUUGUACAAAAGAAAAGGAUAGAAGAAAUGAACAUCUCAUAUAUGGUUAUUGAAGAACAUCUUGAAUAUGAGUUAAGUCUUAAUAACUUCAAUUAUUUAUAUUAUUCACAUCAUUUU